AUGCCUCCUUACAAUCCAAACAGGCUUAAGGUUCAAUUAAAACUGGCUGUUACUCGACUUAAACAUAUGCAACAAAAGAAAAAUUCGAUCAAUAAACAGCAACGUAGAGAAAUUGCUACUCUAUUAGAAACUUCAAAGUUAGAAAGUGCUAAAAUACGGGUUGAGGGAAUCAUUCGAGAAGAUUAUCAUAUUGAAGCAAUGGAAAUUCUUGAGCUUUAUUGCGAACUUCUUAUGGCACGUUUUGGACUUAUUGAACAAAUGAAGCAAUGUGAUCCAUCAAUAAUUGAAGCAGUAAACACAUUGAUUUACGCUGCACCUAGAUCAGAAAUAAAAGAAUUGGGACAAAUACGUGACCAACUAUGUGGGAAAUAUGGAAAAGAAUUUGCGAUGAACGCGAGUGAAAAUAAAAGUAAUUGUGUUAGUGAAAGGGUUAUACAAAAACUUUCGUUCAAUACACCCGAUUCAUUUUUGGUAAAUCGAUAUCUCGAGGAAAUUGCUAAAACGUAUAAUGUAGAUUGGAAAGCGGAAAUAGCAGAUAUAGAUGGUUUGCUUUCGAUGGAUGCGUUGAUGGAUUCACAAGCACUUACAAAUAAAAACGGAAAAUCAGAACCGACGUAUACUGCAUUACCAAAUAUGGAUUUAUUGAUGUCGUUAAAUAAUGAUACUCAAGAUAAAAAUAAUCAGUCGGCAUCAACAUCAACUUCAAAUCCUUCAGAUCAUCUCCUUCCGGAUGGCCCAAAUACAAAAAAUAAAUUAGGAGUUGCUCCGUCUCCUAUUUUACAUCCCCGACAGCAAAAACUAAUGGUUUACCAGAUGAUGAUGAAUUGGCAAAAAGGUUUGAAGCUUUGA